AGGUGGUGUGCUCAGGGGUAGGUGGAGAGAGGCUUCAAGUCCAGGGCAGGGAUAUAAAGAAACACGGAUCCAGAAAGCAGAGGGACUACAGGAGUGGGGAAAAGAGCGACAGGACCAGUUGGAGAAAAGUAUUGCACAGCGGUGUACAGCUAUCAAGUACCACUUUUCUCAGCCAAUCCGCUUACGAAACAUUCCUUUCAAUUUAACCAAGACAAUACAGCAAGAUGAAUGGCACCUGCUUCAUUAGACUUAAGAAGAAUCACUGCUGGCUUCCUGGGCAUGGCCGUAGCUGUCCUGCUGUGUGGCUGCAUCGUGGCCACCGUCAGCUUCUUCUGGGAGGAAAGCCUGACCCAGCAUGUGGCCGGACUCCUGUUCCUCAUGACAGGGAUAUUUUGCACCAUUUCCCUCUGCACGUAUGCUGCCAGUAUCUCUUACGAUUUGAACCGGCUCCCGAAGCUCAUUUAUAGCCUACCUGAUGAUGUGGAACACGGCUACAGCUGGUCUAUCUUUUGUGCCUGGUGCAGUUUAGGUUUCAUUGUGGCAGCUGGAGGUCUCUGCAUCGCUUAUCCGUUUAUUAGCCGGACCAAGAUUGUACAUCUAAAGUCUGGCAGGGACUCAACGGUAUGACUGUCUGCAUUCAAGGCCCCUCCACGGUGUGGGCAACUCCUGGGGGAAGUGGAGCGGAGUUCACAUCAGGAUUCCAAGCACAAAAGCCGUCUUUUACAUUCCAACCUGUUGCCUGCAGCCCUUUCUGGAUGACUGAUAUAAAAUCAUGCAAAACCUCCCAACCUUUCUAAGGACAAGACUACUGUGGAUUCAAGUGCUUUAAUGACUACUUAUGCUUUGAGAAGGAGUAGGAGAAGAGGAACUGCAUCGGAAAAAAAAAAAUUUGUAUGAUUUCCAUUUAUUUCAGAAAGUUUGUAUAUAACAAUUACCUGAGAGUCAUUUCUAUUUGCAAAAGGAUUCGUUCGUAACAAAGCAAGUAUAAUUUUCUUGUCACUGUACAAUGCUUGUUAAAUUUUAAUGCAGCAUCUUCAGAACUUGUUCGAAUGGUGUCUUGUUGUGUCAGCACCUGAUAUUUGUGCAUUAUUUGUGGCUGUUCCUUGUCACAGGAGGAUUCUUCUGUUGCCUUAUUAUUAUUUAUUAUUAUUAUUAUUAUUUAAUUGAAGUCUCUUCUCUGUCUUUGUAAUGGAAUCGAAAUCAUAAGAAAAACAGAUCAACCGUGUAAGAGCUAAUCCGUGACACUAUGCAGUAUUGUUUGAAGUCCUAUCUGUUGUUCAGCUUCCUAUCUGUUGUUCUCUUACGUUAACUGGAUUUCUGCAUUAAAUGACUGCCCCCUUGUUAAUCUA